AUGUCCACCGACAACUCCAAUACCAACCAGAACAACCAGAACAACCAGAACAACCCGAACGAAAUGCAUCGCCAGAGACGUGGAUCAGUCACCCAGCAGGCUAUUGCCGGUCUCUUCAGAAGUAACUCUACCUCCAACGGCGGUGCUUUCCCUGGCACCAGCGACGCUCAGAGACGGAGACUCUCCGUCACCACCGGUCUCGGCCUCACCGGCACUUCGCCUACUGGCGCUGGUGCUUUCAACUCUCUCCGACGGGGAAGUCUUUCGACCAACUCUAACGACUCUAUCGAUGAGAAUGCAAUCGACGAGGAGGAGAUCCCCCCCAACGCCCGCACAGCACCUGCCACUCCCUUCACCCGCAGAAUGAGCUUUGGAGCUCAGGCAAUGCGCACCAUGCGCAACGGCGGUGGAAGUCCGGGUUCAAACGGUAACGAUUUACCCUCUGCUUCUGCCACUCCCGUGCCCAAUACUCCUGCCUCCCUCGACAGACGCAGCAGUGUGCACUCCCCGCGAGGUGUUGGCUCGGUUGCAAAUACCACAUCACCAGCCAAUACCUCGUCCAUCGCUGCUGCUCUGUCGUCGGCUAGGCGUCGAUCCAGCAGCACUGUACAGGCAAGCAUCGCACACAAGCAAAGAUCAUCUUCUGACGUGUUCUCUCGCCCAGACCAAGGUUUCAACUGGUCCGAGCAGCUUAGAUCUCGCGCAGAGAGCUCUGUUCAAGGGCCACGAGCAUCCUUCUCUUUUGGCUCUGGUCUUUCAUCCUCUCCUCCUCGCGGCCCCGGCAAUGGCGCCGUCCACGACCGCCAGAAAUCAGUCUCCGAGAUGCCUGCUCCCCCGGCACAAGCUGCCGCCAUGAAGCCCAAGGCCCCCGAGCGACCUAAGCCUGAUGCCUUCCAGGAACGCAUCCUCAAGGGCGAUUUCUACAUGGACUGA